CAUAACGUAACGGACUUUCGUCGAGCCAACAACUUUUUUUUUACCAGUCUAAGACACUUAUGUCAUCGGAAUAAAGACUGCAAAGGAACGUUACAAAUUGGAAUAUAUAUUUAGGACGAUAAAUUCGUAUUUUUGAACAACUUUUACAACGGCAGAACGCGUAGGCGUCCCUCAAUUCAGUUAGCAUGGAGUGCUGUUUAUCGGAAGAGGCCAAGGAACAGAAACGGAUCAAUCAGGAAAUCGAGAAACAGUUGCGACGCGAUAAACGAGAUGCCCGCCGAGAACUUAAACUGCUGUUAUUGGGCACUGGCGAGUCGGGAAAGUCCACUUUUAUCAAACAGAUGCGUAUUAUUCAUGGUAGCGGUUACUCAGACGAUGAUAAGCGUGGUUACAUUAAGCUCGUGUUCCAAAAUAUCUUCAUGGCCAUGCAGUCCAUGAUCAAAGCCAUGGAUAUGCUCAAAAUAGAAUAUGGUGCUCCAGAGACUAAGGAACACGCUGAUCUUAUUAUGAGCAUUGAUUACGAAUCGGUGACAACAUUUGAGGAUCCCUAUUUGAAUGGCAUUAAGUGUCUUUGGGCAGACUCUGGAAUACAGGAGUGCUACGAUCGACGAAGAGAAUAUCAAUUGACAGAUUCAGCUAAAUACUAUCUGAGCGAUAUAGCGCGUAUUGAGCAGGCUGAUUAUUUGCCCACUGAGCAGGAUAUUCUACGUGCUCGUGUGCCCACAACUGGCAUAUUGGAGUAUCCAUUUGAUUUGGAUGGCAUUGUAUUCAGAAUGGUGGAUGUCGGUGGACAGCGUUCGGAGAGAAGAAAGUGGAUUCACUGCUUUGAGAAUGUUACCUCAAUUAUAUUUUUGGUGGCGCUUUCUGAAUAUGAUCAAAUUUUGUUCGAAUCUGAUAAUGAGAAUCGUAUGGAGGAAUCAAAAGCUCUAUUUAGAACUAUUAUUACAUACCCGUGGUUCCAAAACUCUUCAAUUAUUCUUUUCCUGAACAAGAAGGAUUUGUUAGAGGAGAAAAUCAUGUAUUCCCAUGUUGUGGAUUAUUUCCCCGAAUUUGAUGGUCCGAAGCAGGAUCAUGCUGCGGCUAAACAAUUCGUUCUGAAGAAAUACUUGGCCUGCAAUCCUGACCCUGAACGUCAAUGUUAUUCGCAUUUCACCACAGCCACAGAUACCGAAAACAUUAAGCUUGUGUUCUGCGCCGUCAAAGAUACAAUUAUGCAAAAUGCACUUAAGGAGUUCAAUUUGGGUUGAGCACUUGGAAACUAUUCACACAGUAGCUACAAGGAGAUAUGUUUAUCAACAAACAAAAAAUAUUCUGCUUAUGCCUUUUGAAUUACGUCUUUGUUUUGUGAAUUAAUUGUGAACUAACAGUAACAUUUAAAUAAACCAGAAUCGUCAAUCAGUA